AGCCGUCGCACGAGACGGUCGGUUGGGCGCGCAGCUCUGCGAGAGUAUUUCCCCAUUGUGAAUUGAAUUUCGCAUUCACACACACACGCUCUCGAAAGUACGCGCAUCUGCACACACACACACAUACGUAUACGUAUAUUGUGAACGCGUUGCUGUGACAUGUAAACAAAAGUCGAGGAACAUAGAAGAUGCUGAUAAAUAGGACAGCUAAAGCAGAGAGUGCAGUGCAAAAGUUGAACGGAAGUUGAUAAGCACGAAGCGGAUAAGUGUGGUCACAACUAACACAAAUACCGUUAACUGUGAAAGCUGAAACGAGUGCGCAGAUGCAUUGACGCCAGCCAAAGAGUUAGGAGGACAUAAAAUGAGAAACGUGAGAUAACACAGCAAUACGUUGCAGGCAACCCCAUCGAUAUACCUCCAGCAUGCCAAUCGAUUAGCUGCGAGAGCUAAAUAGCAACAUUCACACACACAUACACGCACUCACCCACCCACACGCCCACGCACACACACACACACACACACACAGAUAUACGCGUACAGCAUAGCUCACAUCAAAAUAAAAUCAACAGAAACCAACUCGUUCGGCUUGGGGCUCAAAUUAACUGUGUGAUAGAAAUUUCUUUUGGACACAUUAUGGCACACUACAGCGGUCAUCGGGCACCUCCCGAGGUGCCUGCGCACUUUAAAAAUCUGUUCACGGAUGGUAAACUCGGCGACGACGAUGACAGCGUUGACAGCAAUAACAAUGCCAAUAAUAAUAAUAACAACAACAACAAUGACCAGGAGAAUCGACCCGACAAUGCAAAUAGUGAAUGCCAAGCCGUCUGCUGGGUCUUUGGCUACGGCUCGCUUUGCUGGUAUCCGGGCUUCACCUACACCAAAUGCAUAACGGGCUACAUACGUGGCUAUGUGCGUCGCUUCUGGCAGGGCAACGUAACGCAUCGCGGCACCGAGGAAGCGCCAGGUCGUGUCGCUACACUUGUUGAGGACAAAGAGGGCAUUACAUGGGGCUGUGCAUAUAGAAUAACAGGCUCAACGGCGCUAGAGUACCUUAAGCAGCGCGAAUGUACGUUAGGUGGCUAUGCAACGCUCGACGCAAAAUUCUUUCCCCGCGUCGCUUCUCAUGGCACGCCGUUCAGUGGCGAGGCCCUCGAGGUGUUGGUCUAUGUAGCCACACCGGAGAACAUUCAUUGGCUGGGUGAUGCACCAUUGGAGGUAAUAGCGCACCAGAUCGCAAAUUCUCGGGGUCCCAGUGGACACAAUGCGGAAUAUUUGUUGCGAUUGGCGCUUUUUAUGCACGAGGAGAUACCAGGAGUGCGGGAUGAACACUUAUUUGAACUGGAACGACUGCUGCUCGAGGAGAUUUACCGCAAAGAAAUACCUCUGUCAUCUCUAAUGGGACGCAAUCCAGACCGCAUACGUCGCGACUCUCACGAAGACGUGCGACGACCGCCAUCGUUUGAGUUCACUUCGCGAAUACCGGACACAAAGCUGCGUUGCCUGAAUAUUUGAUUGUGGCAUUGGUCCUGGCCACAAAGGAUAUAUAUGUGAAGUUUACCCAAUAUCAAUAUCAGUAACCAGCAUAGGAAACGAGAGUCUAUGACUUCUAUCUAUGUAUUCUUUAAAUUGUAAAUAAUCAUAGUCCUAACUCUAAGCAGCAACUACUCUCGAUAACUGAUCUGAUAAUAGUAUUUUAAGCCUUAACUAAGUUCUCGUAGUGUGUAAGUCGCGUCCGUAACGCACACAUUUACAUUUAUAUACAGAAGUGCCCAAAAAAUGAGAAAAAUCCAA